AUGGUUCGCCUUGCCCGCUGCCUGGUGCUCUGGGCAACCUUCGCAGCGGCAGCACCUCCAAAUAUCCCUCGGAAACAUGAUGGCCUGCAGCAAGCAAUCGUCGGAUCGUCGACCUCAAAAUCCCAACCUGCUCCCAGAAAAUUAAGGGGUAGAUUCCUCCACAUUACAGACAUUCAUCCCGACCCCUUCUACAAGUCCCACUCCGAUCCUGAAGAGCAAUGCCAUUCGGGCCAUGGCGAGGCUGCAUAUUUUGGAGCAGAAGUAACAGACUGCGAUGCCCCCAUAAGCCUGGUUAAUGCCACCUUCCAAUGGAUUCAAGCGAAUCUCAAAGACGAGAUUGAUUUUGUCGUCUGGACUGGCGACUCGGCCCGCCACGACAACGACGAACGCCUUCCCCGAUCGGAUAAACAGGUGCUCAAGCUCAACCGGUUCAUUGUAGACAAGUUCAUCGAGGCUUUCGGCAAACCGGACAACAUAGACGACCCGGACCCGACCAACGAUUUCGUAAUCCCAAUUGUUCCUACCUUUGGGAACAACGAUAUUCUUCCUCACAACAUCUUCACACCUGGGCCGAACAAAUGGACGCGGGCCUACCUGGAUGUAUGGAACCGGUUUGUUCCACAGGCACAACGUCAUUCAUUUGCAAGAGGUGGUUGGUUCUUCACCGAAGUCAUCCCUAAUAAACUGGCGGUCUUUAGUCUCAACACUCUGUAUUUUUUCGAUUCAAACUCGGCUGUUGAUGGCUGCGAUUUGAAGUCGGAACCGGGCUACGAGCACAUGGAGUGGCUGCGGAUCCAAUUACAAUUCCUCCGCAACCGAGGAAUGAAGGCCAUCCUUAUAGGCCAUGUGCCGCCGGCCAGGACCGAGAGCAAACAGAACUGGGAUGAAAGCUGUUACCAGAAGUUUACCCUUUGGAUGCGACAGUACCGAGAUGUCAUUGUCACCUCGAUCUUUGGACACAUGAACAUCGAUCAUUUUAUGUUCCAAGAUGUCAAAGAAUUGCAUUACAAGUUCAAGAUCAAGGGUGUCGACAAGCGGCUAAGAUCGCAACCAGAUAACGCCACCUUUUCCAUCGCCGCCAAAGCCCAAUACUUGAAUGAAUUGAGAUCAGGCUGGUCAGAACUACCCACACCGCCAGUCGGACAUUCAUAUUUGUCUGUAGAUGGUGAGGCAAUCCCGGAUGAUUUUGUCGAUGCCCGAAAGAAGGAUGGAGAGAGGGAGCUUGCAAAAUUUCUGGAGGCGAUCGGCGGGCCAUGGGCUGAACGAUUCAGCAUGUCCUUGGUAUCUCCGAGCGUUGUUCCAAACUUCUUUCCGACCCUUCGAGUUGUGGAGUACAAUGUCACAGGGAUGGAGGAUGAUCACCCAGCCGACGGGGCGAUUGGGGAACCUGCGGUUGCACACGACAUCGACGGUCAAGCAUAUGAGGAGAUGAUCUUGGAGCAAUCGGAGGAAGAUGAGUCUGACAAAGACAUUAACCCGGAAGAUGAUGUCCACGAUCUCAAGAAGAAGAAGAAGAAAGGCAAAAAGAAGAAGCCGAAGAAACCCAACUUCCCAGUCCCCAAACCACCAUCCGAGACGUCUCCUCCCGGACCCGCUUAUUCUCCGCAGUCGCUGUCACUGCUGUCGUUCACGCAAUACUACGCCAACCUGACUCGAAUACACGAGCAGAUGCAUAAUAACAAGUCACCGAAGCAAGACCGGUACCAAUACUUCAAUUACUACCCAGAGUACACAACGAACAACGACAGUGCAUAUCAGAUGAAAGAUUUGACGGUGCGCUCCAUGUUGGAUCUGGCCGAGAAGAUGGGACGGGAUAGGCUGAAGUUGAGCCAUGCCGAUACCGAGGAUGUCGAGAUUGAUGUCGAUUCCUCCAAGAAAAGCGGCCGUAAGGACGAGACAAAGACUCGCAAGAAUCAUCUAUGGAAGACAUUUAUUAAGCGGGCCUUCGUGCACACGAAACCUGACGAUGAGAUCGAUCAGCAAUUUGGAUGA